AUGGCUGACAAUUUAUCGUUGAAAGAAUCAGCUGUGGGCUAUUUAGACAGAAGUGGUGGCCUUCAGAAACUGACCGAAGACUGCAAACAAUUCAAAGAUACCCAACACAAUGAGGCAGUGUACAGGUUUUGAAUCAGUGUGAAUCCUUUUGAUGUGAUAGAGUUGGAUCCAGUAUUGGGUGACUGUGUUCUACAUGACCCCAUAAGGGCAACAGCAUUGUUUCAAUCUGUUUGCUUCCUGGCCAUAAAGAGUCUUUCACUUGUUGAAAAACUACACACACAGAGUCAGGUGAAAGUAAUUCUGAAGUUGACACACCUGCCUCCAUUCCCUGAGUACAAGCUGGAACUUUGCAGUUUUCCUCGUGGCUAUGGCCCCAUGAGGCCUGUCUCCAUGCAGGGCUUGGUCAUUGCCGUUACAAAGGUCAUGAAAUGCACCCAGAGGGCCUGGUUCCCCUGCAUCAAUGAUGACUGCCCCUGCCCUACAGGGUUCCACCACAUCUGAAUCCAUGCACCCAGAGCCACAGAGUCAGCUACUUUGACAAACGACUUCAACUGCAUAACUUAAAACUCCCAAAUGAAAGAGGAUGGGAAGUUCAGAGUCUUGGGAGACAAACAGCUUGUGGAGCUGAUCCAUAUCAACGCACUGGAUAUUCUGAAAGCCCAUCAGCAAAGCUCACUCAACCAGUCUGUCACUCUGAUUCUCAGAGAUGAGCUGUGUAACAAUAAAUUCUACAGGGUGUUAGGCAUUCCUGCGCAUGUGCACCAAUGGCCCAACAUUACCUGGAGUGUAGAGACAAAUAGCGUCCAACCAUGGGAGCCAGAUUAUCCCCAUAAAGUCAGUGUCAGUUUCCAGAAGCUGUUGAAGGCCACGGCCUCGUCUCCCUGGAGGUUCCCUGCCAUUGUAGCUCACUGCCUUGGGUUGGACUUAGCUCCUCCAGGCUUACACGACACACUAAAGCUGGGGUUGUUGCUCAGCUUGGUGCAAACCAGAGCAGAUGCAAAAGACACAUUUCACAACUUGGAUCUUCUAGUUGUCACCACGAACACUCUCAUAUUAGACAGACUAAUGGCAUACAGCUUGGGUUUGGCAUGUCAUGGGGUCAGGCAUCAGGCCUCGGAAGAGAUGUUUGCAUCUCUGUCCCAGGACGAACAUGGAGCAGGCACUACUAACAUCUAUGCUGGUUCUGCCCUGCUAGCCACUGGGGGUAUAUGCAUGUUUGGAGAUCUUGGUUGUCACAAAAACGACAGGUUGGAUUCCAUUCAGUCAGUUCUGGAGAGCUGCACUGUGUCUGUGUUAAUCCCGGGAAAGAAGAACGGUGAGGAUGCUGACCAGCAGCUUUACUUACCAUUCCAAUGCAACUUCUGGGCCCUCACAGAUUCCUCUUAAUGGUCUGGGAGUGCAGACUGUGCCAUACUGGGAACAGCAGAAAUGGGUCCCAUACCAAUUGAGCUGGCAGACUCCUUUGGCCUGGUAAUUCAGUGUAGGGCUACGGUGGGAGAGCAGGCCUUCCUUGCCCAGACUGUCCACACGCUCGAGCAGGCAGUACAGCCGGGAAAACCCCUCUACCCAUUCUGCUGGGAGUUUUCUCAAGACUACCAGGAGCUGGUAGCCCACACACAAAGUUUACGUGGAGCAGAGAAAAUGAUCAAUGGUUACAACAUGGCCAGCCAUAGGGUCCGAACAGUGAGUCAGGGUGUCAAGAUGUCUGUGACCUCUGUCAAAUUACUGUAAGCACUCUACUCUUUGGCUGAGGCCCACUGCAAGUUAUGUCUCAGAACACGCAUACUGGAGGAAGCUGUGCUCCUGUGUGAAAACUGAUGCCUGCCUCUUCCUUUAGGGGCCUCUUCUCUCGUUAUUCCAUUUAAUGCAGUGUUUCCAUGUGACCUGGGAGAUGUGGAUGGUUUGCAAAGGAGAGAGAUAAUCCUGGAUGAGCUCCACGAGAAUAUCCUGUGCUUCAUUAACGCCUACACACCGGGAGACACAUACAUCACAGAAGAGUAA